AUGGACGACUCAACAAAUCGGAGGAAAUUUUUUGCAUUUGUUAUUGAAGCUGGAAUUAAAUUAGAAGCGAAAAAUUCAACGAUAUGUACCGCUGCAGUUUUAACAUAUCGGACAUUAAGGAAAAGUGGUGCUUCUGAAUUGUGUCCUUAUACAAUCGCUUCAGCAUGCCUUCUGUUGGCGGCUAAAAUAGAAGAAGAUGAGAUUGUAAAAACACGAGACGUCGUGAAUGUUGCUUACAGCAUACUACAUCCUCGUGAACCAGCCCUGCAAAUCGAUGACGAAUCAUGGGCAUUGCGAACGAGUCUUUCACGGAUGGAAUAUAUUGUGCUACGAUUAUUGAAAUUUCGUUUAGCUGUGGAAAAUCCUCAUAAGUAUUUACUCCAUUAUAUCUCCUCACUGAUGCAUUGGUGCCCACAUGAAUUUACGAAAUUUCACAUCGGCGCAGUAUCAUUUAUUAUAUUGCGUGAUGCACAUGUGGAUCCAGGUUGGGUACUUUCACACAGCCCACAAACUAUCGCCAUUGUAUGUCUUGCAGUUGCUCUUCGUAUUGCAAAGGUUUCAAUCGGUGUUCGUUGGUAUUCCGUCUUCUACUCGUCAAUGACAAAAUCGAAGUUACGACGUCUGGAAGAAGAGUUGGUGACAUUAGUUUUGAGACGAUAG